AAUUCUCUAUUUAUUUCUAAUUUUCUUUUACCUUUUCUUUAGUUAAUUUAGCCAUUAAAAAGACAAAAAAGCAGGUUAUAUAAACCCCCUUAUUGGCUCCAAAGUUUUUCAUUAAACAUUUGCUCUUCCUUUGUCUUGUUAUUGUUUUUGCUUCUUUGUUUUUCCAUUCAAACCUCAAACACCCACCUUCUUUUCUUUCUCCCUUGUCAGUCUUGCUGUUUACUGCAAGGUUGACUCAUUCUUCAAACACAUAUUUGGGAAGAGAGAAGAUUAGCAAAAAGCUUACAAAUUAAAUAUACUCCUUUCCCAAAUUUCAUUGAAGCUUUGAGUCUUAUUUCAUAAUCUCUAAUGUCUGACUUAGAAUUCUUCUUGUACCUUCUCCCAUUUGUUUUGGCUUUAUCUUGGACCCUCAGCUUCCUUAAGAGAAAGAAACCCUUUCCAAAUCUUCCUCCUGGUAACACUGGUUUACCCUUUAUUGGAGAAACUUUUGGCUACUUAAAGCCACAUCCAGCUACCACCCUUGGAAAAUUCAUGGAGCAACACAUAGCAAGGUUUGGGAAGAUUUACAGGGCAAAUUUGUUUGGGGAACCGACAAUUGUAUCAGCAGAUGCUGGGCUGAAUAGAUUCAUCUUUCAAAAUGAAGGGAGGUUGUUUGAAAGUAGCUACCCAAGUAGCAUUGAUGGGAUACUUGGAAAGUGGUCUAUGUUGGUUUUGAAUGGAGAGAUACACAAAGAUAUGAGGAAUAUAUCUCUCAAUUUCUUGAGCCACAGUAGGCUUAAAGCACAUCUUAUCAAAGAAGUUGAGAGGCAGACUGUCCUUGUUCUUAAAACUUGGCAAGAGAAUUGCACCUUUUCUGCUCAAGAUGAAGCUAAGAAGUUCACAUUCAAUGUGAUGGCAAAGCAAAUACUGAGUUUGGAUCAUGGGGAAGCUGAAACAGAGCAUCUAAAGAAGGAAUAUAUUAAUUUUAUGAAAGGUGUGGUAUCAGCUCCUAUCAAUUUACCAGGAAGUCCUUAUAGAAGGGCAUUAAAGUCAAGAACAGCCAUACUAGAUUUUAUAGAGAUGAAAAUGGAGGAAAAGUUGAAGAAGAAAAAGAUGAAUGAUGGGAGUGAAAAUAUUGAAGAAGAUGAUCUACUUGGAUGGGUGUUGAAGUAUUCCAAUCUAUCAACAGAGCAAAUACUUGACUUAAUUUUGAGUUUACUGUUUGCUGGACAUGAAACUUCCUCUGUUUCCAUUGCAUUAGCCAUCUUUUUCUUGGAGGGCUCCCCUUCUGCUGUUGAACAAUUAAGGGAAGAGCACCUUAUGAUUGCCAGAGCUAAGCAGCAAUCAGAUGAGAAAGAGUUGAACUGGGAUGACUACAAGAAAAUGGAAUUCACUCAAUGUGUUAUUAGCGAAACACUAAGGCUGGGCAAUGUAGUAAGGUUCCUGCAUAGGAAGGCUCUUAAAGAUGUUCGGUAUAAAGGUUAUGACAUUCCAUGUGGAUGGAAAGUGCUGCCGGUUUUAGCAGCCGUGCAUUUGGAUCCUGCCUUUUAUGACCAACCUCAUGUCUUCAACCCUUGGAGAUGGCAGCAGAAUGGUGUAAAUCGGGGAGGCAUACCGGCCACAAACUCGAGCUCCAGCCCGACUAGCGGAAACACUUUCAUGCCAUUUGGGGGAGGACAAAGACUAUGUCCAGGAUCCGAACUAGCUAGAACAGAGAUGGCAAUUUUCAUCCACCAUUUGGUCAUCAAUUUCGAUUGGAAAGUAACGGAGAAAGAUCAAGCUUUUGUUUACCCAUUCGUCGAGUUCCCCAAAGGAUUACCAAUUCAAGUUCAACGCUUAAGUUUUGGACUCUGAGUUCAUCAAAUUCCCAACUUAAACCUAUCAUCCAAAUCUUGCACAGAAAAAAAAAUUAAUAAUGAUAAUAUAUUUAUCUAUACAUACAUAUAUAUUGGAGAAAAAUUAAGUCCAUAUUUUCCCAGAUUAGUAGUAAUUACUGGGUUUUUUCUUUUCUUUUUUUUCGGGGGUAGGGUUGGGAUUGAUGUUGGUAGCCUAGCUUCAUGUUACAAAAGAAGAAUUAGCAAUGUAUAAUGGGUGAAGCAUAGAAAGACAAGCAAGACCAAUUGGUUUAAUUGCUCCCCCUUCUGAUUUUGUAAAUGCCUUUUAACUUUAUUAUCAUUAUUAUUAUUACUGUAUUAUUAUUAAGCCGUCCACAUUGGAGCUUGACGGUUAUUUAAACUUUAAUUUGUACAUGCUCUAUUGUAUUCUAGACUUCUAUCUAGUAGGAUUGAUUUAUGUAAUAAUUAUUCUCCCAA